CAACUUCUCAACAGUGAACAUUCCACUCUUAGCCACUUUGGCAGUUCUUGCCGAUAGUAUAAAGACUGAUAUAGUGCAUAUAUUUAUUAAAAAAAAAAAUUUAGAUCAUCAAAGAAAAAAAAAGGGUCGAGAUGUCGACCUCGGCGAUUUACAUUCUCGACGUUAAGGGCAAGGUCCUGAUAUCGAGAAAUUAUCGUGGCGACAUUGAAACGGGUCUUAUUGAUAAGUUCAUGCCCCUGGUGAUGGAGCGUGAGGAGGAAGGAAAUUUAACGCCGAUAAUCCAAACACCCGAAUGUACUUACUCUUACAUAAAAUACAAUAAUCUCUAUUUAGUGUCAACAACCAGGAAGAACGCAAACAUUUCACUUAUCUUUGUCUUCCUGCACAAAGUCGUGCAGGUAAUGAGCGAAUAUUUCAAGGAACUCGAAGAGGAGAGUAUUAGGGACAACUUUGUCGUUAUCUACGAACUUCUCGAUGAGCUCCUUGACUUUGGUUAUCCGCAGACAACCGACAGCAAGAUUCUUCAGGAGUACAUCACUCAGGAGGGUCACAAACUUGAGAUUCAACCACGAAUUCCCAUGGCCGUCACUAAUGCCGUCUCAUGGCGUUCCGAGGGCAUCAAGUACCGCAAAAACGAAGUUUUCCUCGACGUCAUCGAAUCGGUAAAUCUUCUCGCCAAUGCAAAUGGCAAUGUUCUAAGUUCGGAAAUUGUCGGUGCGAUAAAAAUGAGAGUUUAUCUUUCGGGAAUGCCCGAGCUGAGACUUGGACUGAAUGACAAAGUUCUCUUUGAAUCGACGGGUAGGGGAAAAUCAAAGUCCGUUGAACUUGAGGACGUGAAAUUUCAUCAGUGCGUUCGAUUGUCGAGAUUUGAGAAUGAUCGGACAAUAUCGUUUAUUCCGCCCGAUGGGGAAUUUGAACUCAUGUCCUAUCGUUUAAAUACUCAUGUGAAGCCAUUGAUUUGGAUUGAGUCAGUGAUUGAGCGUCACGCUCACAGUAGAGUUGAGUAUAUGAUCAAAGCGAGAUCGCAAUUCAAGCGAAGAUCAACGGCGAACAAUGUGGAAAUUGUGAUUCCAGUGCCAAACGAUGCGGACUCACCGAAAUUCAAGACGACCAUUGGCAGUGUCAAGUACUCGCCUGAGCAGAGCGCCAUCACAUGGUCCAUUAAGUCAUUCCCCGGUGGGAAAGAGUAUUUGAUGAGGGCACACUUUGGAUUGCCAUCGGUUGUUAGCGAGGAUGUCGAGGGCAAACCGCCCAUUCAGGUGAAAUUUGAAAUACCUUAUUUCACCACUUCGGGAAUACAAGUGAGAUAUUUGAAAAUUAUCGAAAAAAGUGGCUAUCAAGCUCUACCCUGGGUUCGGUACAUUACACAAAAUGGUGACUAUCAACUGCGAACUAAUUAAAAUUUCAAUUGUAGUUUUUUUCCACCCCCAAAAACAAGGCUGUGGAGUUUUAUUCCCAAUAAUUUUCAACAUUCAGUUUCUUGAAAGUGGGAACAAAUGAGGAAUUUUUUCUACAUCUUGUACAGGUUUUUAUAGUACUUGGAAUGCUAAAAAAUACAGUCAAAUCCUAGUUCAAGAGACUAAAUUUUCCUUCUCUUGAACUCGAAACCAAUAAUCAUAAUAAUCAAACUAAAAAGCCACAAACAAUAGAAGAAAAAGAAUAUAAUCAAACUAUAUGUCUUAUUAUUAAAACCAUUCGGACGUUAAAGACUUUACCAUAACUAUGUCUAAUUCAAUUUGUAAUUUUUUUAAUUACUCAAAGAUUCUUAACACUUUUGUUAACUUCUUUCUUUGUUAUUUAUUAAUUAUUAAAUAUUUAAACGAAAUUGUUAUGAAACGAAAUUUUCUAAAAGAAAAUAUAAUUUUUACUAUUUACAAAU